AUGUUCAACAACGGUUUACGCCGUCGAAAGGUGGACUUGGACUUCUACCUACACCGGGUAUUCCGAAAAAAGUCAUUCCGUCCCCUUCAACGAGAGGUGGUCACGGCCGCCGUUGAAGGCCAUGAUGUCUUUGUUCAGGCGUCUACUUCAUUUGGGAAGAGCCUGUGUUUUCAAUUACCUGCCAUGACCACCCACGGAGUGACCGUUGUUGUGUCUCCUCUUCUAUCGUUGAUGACCGAUCAAGUAAACGCACUUCAGGGAUUAGGUAUCCCGGUGGCGACUAUCAACUCAACGAUCUCACAUGUAGAAAGACGAGUAAUCCUGGAUGACCUGCUCUCUGGACACCCAAGGCUUCGGCUUCUCUAUGUAACACCGGAACUUUGCCAGACCGACACAUUCCGGCGAACCCUUCGAACCGUUCACAGGCAGCGGGAGUUGGUCCGCAUCGCCAUCGACGAAGCUCACUGCAUAAGCGAAUGGGGACAUGACUUCCGUCCCGCAUAUAAGGACCUUGCUUGGUUCAGAAGCUCUCUAACGGACCCGUCAGUGCCUAUCAGCGCUUUAACAGCAACUGCCACUCCACAGGUCCGGACGGACAUUAUCAACAUACUCGGGCUAGAUCCGACCCGACUGAAAAUCUUCAGUACACCUUCGGCGCGACCCAACAUCCAUUACGAAAUUCGGUUCAUGGAAGAUUUUGCACCGGAUCCCACAGAGCCCGAGCUUUUCCAAGUCUACGAUCUUGUCUCAUGGCUUCGCUCCAUCCAAGGCCGACGCGAAGCGCGAUUGGGCGCUGAUGCAGCGCCUAAACUACCCCCAAUAUCUGGCAUAGUCUACGUUUCCACCCGAAUGGCCGCUGAAAAGCUGGCAGAAGCACUAGGUGAAUCCGAUGAGCGUAUCCGUGCAGUUGCAUAUCAUGCUGGACUCGCCGCAGCCGAAAGAACCAAAGUCCAAAACGAAUGGAUAGCGCCUCAACAGCAACUACAACAGCAAGCAAACUCUGACCCUAAUGGGCCUAAACCAAAGCCCCUAGCGUUUUACAUAAUCGUCGCAACCACCGCUUUCGGAAUGGGCAUCGACAAUCCCGAAGUCCGCUUUGUCGUCCACUGGAGCCCCCCGCGAACAUUUGAGAGUUUCGUCCAGGAAUCCGGCCGUGCCGGGCGCGAUGGCCGAGCCGCAACAUCAAUGGUUUAUUAUAACCCUCAAGAGCGAGAACGAAUUCUCGAGCGUCUCCGUCGGGACAUCCAGAAUGUAAACAACCGCUCAGGUGGCCGGAACGCAGGCCUGAACAAGGGAAACAAACUCUCCCUUCUACGAAACUUAUAUGCCCGCAAACAAAGCUUCGAGAAAGUAAUUAACUAUUGUGAGACCACGACCCGGUGCAGGCAUGAGUUGAUUAGGGAAUUCUUUGGGGAUACAGAAUUAGAGAAGAUGGCUUCUCAAGUUCCAGGCAACUCUAAUGAUAUUGCCUCUGGGGACGAUGGCAAUCACGCGGCUGGUGAAGAGGGUUCCACGCAGAGGCCGUUUUCAACUUGUGAUUAUGCUUGUGACUUCUGCAAGGAGGGCCCAAAGGGACUAGCAGAGCGCAAGGCGAAAAUGGCCCCGGAGGAGGGACUGGUUGAUUAUUUUAGCCUUUUUGAGGGGAUAUUUCCGCUGGACCGGAUGUUCCCCGAGCUCGUACGCAGCGCUCAUUGUGAUUGUGAGUAA